AUGAAACUUUAUAACCCUGUUACUGAGGAAGAAGCACUGAAUUUGGUUAAAGAUGCAUUUACUGCAGCCGGAGAGCGUGAUAUAUAUACUGGUGAUGAAGUAGUGUAUAACAUAAUUAAGAAAGACGGAAUCCAGACAGGUGUGGUUCAACUUCAUCAGAAACAGAAUACACUGAAAGAAGAAAAAAAAGAAAAAAAAGAGUUAGUUAAGAAAGAAAAAGAAGUAGCAGUUUAUGAUCGAGACACUAAACCUGGUGAAAAGAAAGAUGUUUCGUGCCCAAUGCCAGAUUCAUAUAGCCCUGCUUAUGUUGAAGCUGCAUGGUAUAGCUGGUGGGAAAAAGAAGGAUUUUUCAAACCGGAAUAUGGGAAAAAAAAUGUAUUGGAAGAUAAUCCCAAAGGAAAAUUUGUUAUGAUUAUUCCACCUCCUAAUGUGACRGGAUCUUUACAUUUGGGGCAUGCUCUCACUAACGCCGUAGAAGAUGCAAUUACUCGGUGGAAUCGRAUGAAUGGUAAAACUACCUUAUGGAAUCCUGGUUGUGACCAUGCAGGAAUUGCAACUCAAGUAGUAGUUGAAAAAAAAUUGUGGCGUGAAGAAAAUAAAAAUAGACAUGAUAUUGGUCGUGAAAAAUUUAUUGAAAAAAUAUGGGAGUGGAAAAAAGAGAAAGGUGAUCGUAUAUACACACAACUGAAAUUGUUAGGAUCUUCAUUGGAUUGGGACCGUGCAUGUUUUACCAUGGACCCUAAACUCAGUCAUGCAGUCACAGAGGCUUUUAUACGUUUACAUGAAAAUGGUGAUAUAUAUAGAAGCAAUCGUCUUGUAAAUUGGUCAUGUGCUUUAAAAAGUGCUAUUUCUGAUAUUGAGGUAGACAAGAUUGAACUGCCUGGUCGAACCUUCCUAUCCAUACCUGGKUAUACAGAAAAAGUUGAAUUUGGCGUUCUUGUAUCUUUUUCUUAUAAAGUCAUAGGAGAAGAUGAGAAAAUUGUUGUAGCUACCACUAGAAUUGAAACUAUGCUGGGAGAUACAGCUGUAGCAGUUCAUCCAUCUGAUCCUAGGUAUAGACACUUGCAUGGUAAACAUGUGCAACAUCCAUUUUGUGACAGGAUAUUACCAAUAGUGUGUGACAAUUUUGUUGAAAAAGACUUUGGAACAGGUGCGGUAAAAAUAACUCCUGCUCAUGAUCCUAAUGACUAUGAAGUUGGUAAACGUCACAACUUACCAUUUAUAACAAUAUUUAAUGAUGAUGGUGUAAUUAUUGGCGAUUGUACUGAAUUUAAUGGAAUGAAAAGAUUUGAAGCACGUAAGGCCGUUUUACAAGCAUUGAAAAAAAAGAAUCUUUAUUGUGAAACAGUUGACAAUCCUAUGGUUGUGCCUAUUUGUAGUCGAUCCAAAGAUGUUGUUGAACCCCUCAUUAAACCACAGUGGUACAUUCGUUGCGACCAAAUGGCUAAACAAGCAUCAGAAGCUGUCACAAAUGGUGAGCUUAUAAUUAUACCAUCUCAACACAACAAAACUUGGUUUCACUGGAUGGAUAAUAUCAGGUAA